ACUGGGGGCGGGGGGCUGCGCCCGAAGUUACAAAUACCCGAGACAGAAAAACACCAGCCCCGGGUGCAGCUUCGCUUCCUGCACAGCGCGCACCGCGGAACCGCAGCCUGCAGCUGCACCGACUUCCUCCCCCAGCCCCAGCUCCAGCCCGCGCCUGCUGCAAGCGCCGAGCCGAGCCGAGCCGCGCCGCGCCGAGCCGAGCCGGGGGCUGCCCGGGCCGAUGGGACGCCGGCUCGCCCCGCGGAGCCGCGUGGAGAUGGAGCCCCGCCGGGGAGCAGCCGCGCCUCGCACCCGCUGCUGAGUGUGGAGAGUUCCUGGGACGGCUCCCCCCCGGGUGCAGGCGGGGGGCUCUGAGCUGGCCCCGCUCUCGCCUGCCCCUCGCACUGUGGGAGGAAAGUUUCCUCCUUUCUGGCCCCUUCCUCUUUUCCAACCUGGAUUUGGGCGCCUGGAAGCAGCUUUCUGGGCUGGGCAGGAGCCGCAGGAUGGGCAACGCGGCCGGCAGCGUGGACCAGGCUCCGGCCAAGGAGACUAAGACCCAGCCACCGGCGACAGCUCUGCCGGCCAAGCAGCCUGCGCCCCCGAAGCAGCCCAUGCCCAGCGCUGGGGAGCUGGAGGAAAGAUUCACCCAUGUGCUGGAUUCCAUGAACUUGCCGCCCGACAAGAUGAAGCUGCUUAGCCAGUACGACAGCGAGAAGAAGUGGGAGCUGAUCUGUGACCAGGAACGAUUCCAGGUCAAGAACCCCCCCUCUGCGUACAUCCAGAAACUGAAGAGCUACUUGGAUACGGGCGGAGUCAGCAGAAAGGUGACCUCCGAUUGGCUGAUUGCCAUGGCGUUUAAGAGGCGAGUGCAGGAGUCCACACAGGUGCUCCGAGAGCUGGAGAUCUCGCUGAGGACCAACUAUAUCCGCUGGGUGCAGGAGUUCCUGAACGAGGAGAACAAGGGGCUGGACGUGCUGCUGGAAUACCUCGCCUUCGCCCAGUGCGCCGUCACGUACAAUAUGGAGAGCGCAGAUAACGGGAGCCCGGGCUCUGACAAGGGCAAGUCCCCGGACAGAUCCAUGGAGGACCUCAGCAAGAGCAACUCCUCGUCCCCCACACAGGGCUCCUCCAAAACGAGGAACCUGACUAUCAGACUCAACCCGGUGCACAGCAGGAAGGCACUGCGGAACUCGCGCAUCAUCAGCCAGAAGGACGACGUCCACCUCUGCAUCAUGUGCCUGCGCGCCAUCAUGAACUACCAGUCUGGAUUCAGCCUGGUGAUGAACCAUCCAGCCUGUGUCAACGAGAUCACCUUGAGCCUGAACAAUAAGAACCCAAGGACCAAAGCCCUCGUCCUGGAGUUGCUGGCCGCCGUGUGCCUGGUCCGAGGAGGGCACGACAUCAUCCUCGCUGCCUUCGACAACUUCAAAGAGGUCUGCGGAGAGAAGAAUCGCUUUGAGAAGCUGAUGGAGUAUUUCCGAAAUGAGGAGAGUAACAUUGACUUCAUGGUGGCCUGCAUGCAGUUUAUCAACAUCGUGGUGCACUCGGUGGAGAACAUGAACUUCCGCGUCUUCCUGCAAUACGAGUUCACUCACCUGGGGCUGGAUGAGUAUCUGGAGAGGCUGCGUUACACGGAGAGUGACAAGCUGCAGGUGCAGAUCCAGGCAUACCUGGAUAACAUCUUCGAUGUGGGCGCCCUGCUGGAGGACACAGAGACCAAGAAUGCUCUGCUGGAGCACAUGGAGGACCUACAGGAGCAAGUGGGGCAGCUCACAGAGAAGCUCCAGGAUGCGGAGAACGAGUCAAUGGCCAAGAUCGCGGAGCUGGAGAAACAGCUGAGCCAGACACGCCGUGAAGUAGAGACACUCCGGGAGCGGCUCAGCGAAUCCAGCAGCCAAGCCAGCUCCCCCCCACAGCAGCAGCAGCAGAGGCUGGCGGAUGCCCGUCCCUCGGCCUUGGAGCAGAAGCUGGAGGAGCUGGAGGAGAAAGGGUUAGUCCGGAUCCUGCGUGGGCCAGAGGGAGCCGUUGCCAUCGAGAUUGUCCCUGUUGUCAUGGAAACCACAGCAGUCCCCACGGUUACUGUAGAAGCCUCCGCCUCUACCAGUACAGAUUUGGCAUCUCCUUCCAUUUGCUCCCCACUGCCGCCCCCUGCUGCUGCCCAGACGAUUCCUCCGCCUCCCCCACUGCCCCAUACCGAAGACACCGGCUCUGCCAACCUGCCUUCUCAGCAGCAAACCCAACCUUCUGCACCCCCUCCAGCUCCACCCCUUCCUGGGAGCGACACGCCUCCACCUGCCCCGCCCCUUCCCGGGGUGGAAAUCCCACCACCUCCUCCCCUCUCGGUGGAGGGCGGCCCAGCCCCUCCUCCCCCUCCGCCCCCACCCCUGGGAAUGCCAGCGGGGGAGCUCAGUGGCCCAACCGCCGCAGCCAGUUCGGCCGUCAAGAUCAAGAAGCCGAUUCAAACCAAGUUCCGAAUGCCCAUCUUCAAUUGGGUGGCUCUGAAACCCACCCAGAUCAACGGGACCAUCUUCAACGAGCUCAACGACGAGAAGGUCCUGCAGGAACUGGACAUGAACGACUUUGAGGAGCAGUUCAAGACGAAGGCUCAGGGCCCUAGCUUAGACAUCAGCACCCUGAAGGUGAAGGCUGUUCAGAAGGCCCCUAGCAAGGUGACGCUGAUCGAGUCCAACCGAGCCAAGAACCUGGCCAUCACGCUCCGCAAGGGCGGCCUCAGCAUCGACAGCAUCUGCAAGGCCAUCCAGACGUAUGACUUGAAGAGCCUGAGCCUGGAUUUCCUGGAGUUGCUGCAGCGUUUCCUGCCCACCGAAUAUGAGCUAACGCUGAUCCGCAAGUACGAGAAGGAGCAGCGGCCGCUGGAGGAGCUGUCGGACGAAGACAUCUUCAUGAUCAAAUUCAGCCAAAUUCCUCGCCUCGCCGAGCGCAUGAACAUCAUGACCUUCCUGGGCAACUUCAGCGACACCGCCCAGCUCCUGAUGCCGCAACUCAACGCCAUCAUCGCCGCCUCCAUGUCCCUCAAGUCCUCGACCAAGCUCCGCAACAUCCUGGAGAUCGUCCUGGCCUUCGGGAACUACAUGAACAGCAGCAAGCGCGGAGCAGCCUACGGCUUCCGGCUGCAGAGUCUUGAUGCGCUGCUGGAGAUGAAGUCAACAGACCGGAAGCAGACGCUGCUGCACUACAUCGGGCGGGUGAUCAUGGAGAAGUACCCGGAGCUGACGGGCUUCCACACCGAGCUGCACUUCCUGGACAAGGCGGGCUCAGUGUCCCUGGACAGCGUAUUGCAGGACAUGAGGGCCCUGCAGCGGGGCAUGGAGCUCACCCGCAAGGAGUUCAUGCGGCAGGACGACAGCCAGGUGCUCAAGGACUUCCUCAAGGCCAACACCGAGGUGAUGGAGAAGCUGCAGACUGACAGCAAGACCGCCCAGGAGGCCUAUGAGUCAGCUGUGGAGUACUUCGGGGAGAACCCCAAGACCAGCCCCCCCACCAUGUUCUUCCCUAUAUUUGUGCGCUUCGUCAAGGCCUAUAAGAAAGUGGAGCAGGACAUCGAGCUGUGGAGGAAAGAGGAAGCAGCUGCCAAAGAAGUGGAGUCCAAUUCCCCCAGCAAGCCAGAGCCAAAGUCUCCUGCCCCCAAGGCCAAGCGCCAGCAGAUGGACAUGAUUGCUGAGCUGAAAAAGAAGCAGAUGGUGAAGGAGCCCCUCAUUUACGAGGAAGGAGAUGGCGCCAUUGAGGACAUUAUUUCAGGUCUGCGGAACCAGCCGUACAGGCGUGGCGACACCGGCCGGUGCAGCGCCAAGAAACGACCCACUGGCCAGACCCUCCAGGUGACCUCUGACAUCUCGCUGUGACCGCCCCACCUGGAGGAGGCCAGCCAGCAGUGCCACUCUGCCCCUCAGGGGAGAAGAGGUGGAUGUGACCCACAGGAACUGGGCCACCAUGGCCACUGACCUGAACCAAGGACUCUCACACCAAUGGGAGAAUCCCUGCACGCCGCUUCAAGCCGCUUAACUGCUCAGAGUGCCAGCUGGUGCCAUGCACCCCACCCCCAUCAGCCAUGCACCCGGCAUGCCUGGCACAGGGCUUCCCCCACUGGCCAGGCAGCGGACGAGUCAGUGGCUGUGGGGAAGGGGGAAUGCUGCGCGUGUGGCAGCUGCUUGAGCUCCACAGGGGAGACCAGAGGGGGGUUAGGGCCCCAGUAGCGAUUCCCAUCCCUCUUCUCCCUCAAGCAACACCACAUGCUGGGCCGGAGCACAGCCACUGAGGGGGUUCUGCCCACGGUCUGUUCUAGCCCUGCCUUCCUGCUUGCCAAUUUCACUUCGGGUUACAGUCCAUGGGCUGCAUCUUGUACUGUGACCUCCCUUCUCCUGCUGCUGUAGGGCUGACCCUGACCCCGGCCCCCAAUAGGCCUUGACACUGCCUUGCUCCUUGGCCCCUGCCCUGUUCUGUGUUGUAGUGAGCACAGAGCGCCCAGGCUCUGGCUGCAGGGGGGACCUACAGGGCAGCGCUAAGCUGAAAUGCAGGGAGAGCACAAACCCUCUUGGCUGGCAGGUGGGACUAGGUUGACCAGCCGUCCUGCUCCAAGGGGCUUUGUCCUACAUAUGCACCUCUACUCCCCCCAUGUCCCAAACAGUCACACUUGCUCGCUGGUCACCUUACGUGGGAAGGGUAUUUUAGGGUGGCUUUUAAAUGUCUUCCUUGGCUUUCUCUUUAUGCUGCGCUGCGCGGAGGAGGGAGGGUGGGAUGGAUCAUGGGAGCAGCCCCUCUCUCAUCCCCAGGAACCAGGGCGGCUCAGAAACGACAAUCAACAGGGGUAAAGCAUCACUAUUCCUCAUGUCACCACAAGGUGUCACCCUUUCCCCAUAACUUCUGCGCGCGCGCACACACACACGCGCACACACACACACACACACCCCCUCCCCCAGCUCAGACCGAGUGCCCGCUAUGCCCUGGGCAGGGCUGGAGCCUGGUGCAUGGCUAAGCCUUUCCCAGGCAGAUGAGUGACAAUCAGACCAACUGGCUCUGGGCUGCAAGGUUGGCCUGGGCACGUCUAUCAAAGCCCUCAGCGCACACAGCUGGCUGCACGGGUGCCCCCAUUGCCGGGGGCUGCAGUAAUGCAGUUGUGCCAUCCUGGCUGCAGAGCAGGUACGUGGCUCUGGCCAGCUGCAGCAACCCCAGGUGCAGUGCUACUCCAGCGUGUAACCUGCCCCGCUGCAUGGCUGUGCACCCAGCGCCAGCAAGGCCUGUGUCUGCAGCUCCCCAGCCCCUCCCCUCCAGCCCCGAGUCUCACACCUCAGAGCCAUUCGCUGUUGGACUGAUGCAGCCCCCUGCUUGCAAGGUGCAUUUACUACUGUGCUAGCCCCCUUCUCUCGCCCUGACUCAGGGCUCACGGCUGCCACAGAUCUUGCUCGGCCAGGCGUUUAGAGCAGGGCCAGAGCAGUGAUCGCUUCCUGCUGUAAUUAAGAGGCAAAACGCCAGCUGCUUGGUAUCACUCACAGCCGCUCCUCACAGUGCAGGGGGGUGGGGGUGGGGAAAUGAAUGUGUAACAUACUAUGCCUUUAAGAAACAGGAACUGCUCCUUUGUAGACAUUAUUUUUAUAUCCUGGCUGUGAGGCCUGGUUUGAUCCAGCGCCGCACUGCUAAUAAACCCACUACGGGUCCAG